AUGCCCUUCCGAUUCGGUUCGAAAUCAAAAAAUUGUCAACACCAGGCCAGUACCGUGUUUGCUAAGGCCGCCCACCCAACUGCCGAUCAUCCAAGAUCAAGCCAGAAUAGCCCAGCAGGAGGGCCACAAGACAGUCACGCAGACGAUUAUAACACUGGUAGUGAAAAGGGCAGCGAGCAUGGGGGCCACGAAGGAGAUCACCGACGCGUUGGGGCAGGAGGGGGACAAUGCAGCGGAGAACAGCAAGUAGGAGCGGGACGAGAGCAGCGUCCGCAGGGAGGGACAGAGCACGCCGGGAAAUCGGGGCACGCUCGGCAGCAUGCCAAUCCAAGUAGGUCACGCACCCCGUCGCCCCCACCUCUUCGUCCCACACAGGGAGAGCUCGCCAUGUCGUCCGAGGACAAGUUCAAAGCGGCACAUAGAAGAGAGCUGCUCGCUAUGAGAGAGAUCGGAAGACUUGAGGUCAAGGAGCAGCAGGCGGCAGAUGCGGCGGCGGUGCAGAGGUAUGAUACCGCAGCGAAAAAGUGGCGUUGGUUGAGGGCGAAGAAAGGCGCAGAAUUCUUGAGGGAGCAGGCGAAGAGAGAAGAGCUAGAAGGGCUGGGUGAAUUCGUGCAGUGA